AAGCGUAUUUAAACUCACACACUUUAUGUAAUGAGGAUUUUAGGGUAGGGUUUUUUCUGCAGAAGGUCAUUUGGUCCUACUAAGAACUGUCUGUUCAAAUGUUGGCGCAUUUGGUUGAAAAAUUCUUCUUAGCUUUUUUAAAGAUAGCUGACAGUGGUUAGAAGAAUUGAUUCUUUCUGAAACUCAUCAAAUCGCUGUCUGUAAAAUCCAUACCUUGCUGUCCAUUUGUGAAUAAGAGCCAGAGUUCUUGGAAACCUGGGAGUUUGAAAGACACAGGUGCCGAACCUUAACUUUUCCCUGAACAAGAAAGAUGGGCUGUGAUCGAAACCAUGGGCUUCUUGCCGGUGCUGUGAUCGGUGCUGUGCUGGCUUUGUUUGGAGGCAUUCUCAUGCCAGUGGGAGACUUGCUUAUUGGGAAGACAAUUAAAAAGGAAGUUGUUCUUGAAGAAGGUACAAUUGCUUUUAAAAACUGGGUUAAAACUGGCACAGAAGUUUACAGACAGUUUUGGAUCUUUGAUGUGCAAAAUCCAGACGAAGUGAUGUUGAACAGCAGCAAUGUUAAGGUUAAGCAAGUAGGUCCUUAUACAUACAGAGUUCGUUAUCUAGCCAAGGAAAAUAUAACCCAUGACACCAUGAACAACACAGUCUAUUUUGUACAGCCCAAUAGUGCCAUCUUUGAACCUGAACUGUCAGUUGGACCAGAGACUGACAAUUUCACUGUUCUCAAUCUGGCUGUAGCUGCUGUACCCCAUCUCUAUCCAAAUUCAAUUGUUCAAGUGGUACUCAAUUCCCUUAUCAAAAAGUCAAAGUCAUCACUGUUUCAAAAGAGAAGUGUGAAGGAACUAUUGUGGGGCUAUAAGGAUCCAUUCUUGAAUUUGGUACCAUACCCUAUUGUUAAAACAAUUGGUGUGUUUUUUCCUUACAACAACACUGUAGAUGGAGUUUAUCAAGUUUUCAGUGGAAAAGAUGAUAUAAACAAAGUUGCCAUAAUUGACACUUAUAAAGGUAAAAAGACUCUCAACUAUUGGCCAAGCUAUUGUGACAUGGUUAAUGGUACAGAUGCAGCCUCAUUUCCUCCUUUUGUUGAGAAGACCCGGGUACUGCAAUUCUUCUCCUCUGACAUUUGCAGGUCCAUCUAUGCUGUGUUUGGAUCAGAACAUAAUCUGAAAGGAAUUUCUGUAUACAGAUUUGUUCUUCCACCCAAGGCCUUUGCAUCUCCAGUUCAAAACCCAGACAACCAUUGUUUCUGCACAGACAGAGAAAUCUCAAAUAAUUGUACAUAUUAUGGUAUGCUAGACAUAAGCAAGUGCAAAGAAGGAAAACCCGUGAUCAUUUCACUUCCUCAUUACCUGCAUGCAAGUCCUGAAAUUAAAGAAAGUAUUGAAGGCUUAAAUCCAAAUGAAGAGGAACACAGCACAUAUUUAGAUGUUGAACCUAUAACUGGAUUCACUUUACAAUUUGCAAAACGGCUGCAGGUGAACCUAUUGGUCAAGACAUCAAAAAAAAUUGAGCCUUUAAAGCGUCUUACCAGGAACUAUAUUAUACCCAUUCUUUGGCUUAAUGAGACUGGUACCAUUGGCGAUGAGAAGGCAAAAAUGUUCAGAGAACAAGUGACUGGAAAAAUAAAUCUCCUUGGCACGGUCGAAAUCAUCUUACUCAGCGUUGGUGUGGUGAUGUUCCUUACGUUUAUGAUUUCAUUCUGUGCGUGCAGAUCAAUGAAAGCAAAAUAAACAGGAAAUGGAUCUUUACAUUUAUGUACCAGCAACAUCGGGACCUUUCUUAAUACUGACCUACAAAAUGAAGAUUUAAUAUGCUUUAUUUUUUCAAAACAUACUUAAUCUUAUAGUUGAAGAAACGGUGGCACUAUUCAUUUUUUGCAAGAAGCAGCAAUACAAUUCCAAAGGAUUAUUAAGAUGUCAUUAAAAUCCAUAAUCUGAACAAGAAA